AUGAGCAAAAAACAGGCUAGUGAAGAGCAGCAAAAUGUCAAAAAGGAGUUGGAAGCUCUGAAGCAGUAUGAAAAGAAGCUUCAGCAUGCCAAAGAGGCCCUGAAACCAAAGGAUGAAUGUGAUGAAAGCGAAAUAAAAAAACUAGAAGAUAUUAUCAAAGACACAAAAGAUACAAUGGAGAAGAAUGAGGAUGAGAUAAAACAAAUGAAAAAAGAUCACGAUGGUCUAAUUGCCACACAAAUUGUGCAGGUCCAAUUAUUGGAGGAAGAGGUAAAAAAGCAGAUUCAAGAGUCAGAGGAGAAGCUUAAAAAAGAGCAGCAGAAAUUUAACAACAAAGUGACAAGACGUGAAAUGGAAGAACAAACCCAGCAAAACACUGAAGUUACUAAAGUGUCUAUGAAGACCACCACAUUUAUUCAAAAAGUUUCAAAAACUGUCAGGUCUGUUGCUGGAUUAAGAGGGGAAACUGAUCCAAACCAAGAAGAAGUUAAUGGUAGUACUGAACAGAAGAAAAGAACACAAAAAAUGACUGAAGAAGAAAUGAAGCUACAGGAACUUAAAAAGCAAAAUGAUCAAAGUCUAAGGGAGAGAGACGAGCAAAUUAAAAAUCUUAAGGAAGAAUUACAAACCAGAGACUCUGAAAUAAAGGAAUUGAAAGAAGCCUUCGAGCAACAGCUAAGAGAAAAGUCCCAAUCUCAAAACACAUCAACUGGUUGGACUGGUUUUAUUGCCAAAUACUUUCCUUUGAGAAAAACCAUCGAUCAGUUGGAAGCUAAAAACAAAACAAUGUCUGACCAACUGCAAGAGGCAGAAAAUGCUUUAGAACAAGAGAAAAUGGAGUCUAUGAGGAAAGAUGCUCAACUAAUGAAGCAAGAACAACAUUAUGAAGAAAGACUGAAAGAACAAAGUGCAAUAAUGACAUCGAAAAUUCUGAAGCUGCAAGAAGAAAAUGAAAAGCUCCGUCAGAAACUAAAAGAAGCAGAGGCCUCAUGGAAAAAGGAAAUGGAUGAAUUGAGAGCCACUCAUGCUAACGAAAUAAAUGAAUUGAAAGCCAUUCUAGCUAAGGACAAAGAGGAUACAGACAAAAAAAUAACUCACUUACAAGAAGAAACCAGACAACUUUCUAGGGUUAUAGCAGAGCAGAAAAAGAUAGAUCAAAAGGUGGAGGACAUGGGUCAAAAGAUAAUGGAGGGCAUGGGUCAAAAGUUGGAGGAAAUGGGUAAAAAAAUAACGGAGGACAUGAGUCAAAAUUUGGAUCAGAAGAUGAAAAGUAUGGGUCAACAGUUGGAGGAUAUGGAUCAAAAGGUGGUGGAUGUGGAUCAAAAGAUGGAGGACAUGG